AUGCGUAGUAAGAGAGGGACGUGGCCUGGCCAUUUUGCCAUGAUGGCGGGAUCACACUCCGAGAGGCCGGUCGAAGCCGAUCCACCAGGAUUCCCUCCGCCCAUGGAGGGGCUGCAGCUGAUCCAGCAGGGGGCCGAAGCCCGCCUCUAUCGGGGCCAAUUCUUAGGCAGGCCGACCGUGAUGAAACUCCGGUUCCCGAAACGUUACCGGCACCCAACGCUCGACGAGAGGCUCAGCCACAAGCGAACGGCGCAGGAGGCCCGUUCGUUGCUACGCUGUCGACGGGCAGGGAUUUCUGCACCUGUUGUGUACUUUGUGGACUAUGUUGCCAACUGUAUAUAUCUUGAAGAUGUUGUAGGCUCAAUUACUGUUCGGGACUAUAUAAUCUCCCAGCAGCAAUCCAGUGAAGGCACCAGCAGUCUUGUUCUAUUAGCUGAAAAGAUAGGUGGGAUAUUGGCACAAAUGCAUGAUGAAGACCUUAUACAUGGGGAUCUCACAACUUCUAACAUGCUUUUGCGACCACCAGUGGAGAAUCUGGAGUUGAUGUUAAUAGAUUUUGGACUAAGUUUUAUUUCUGCCCUUCCUGAGGAUAAGGGUGUUGAUUUGUAUGUCUUAGAGAAAGCCUUUUUGAGUACCCAUCCAAACACAGAAGCUCUGUUUGAAGCACUCUUGAAGAAAUACUCAGCUGCAUCCAAAAAAUCAAUUCCAGUGAUUAAAAAACUGGAUGAAGUACGAUUAAGAGGAAGAAAAAGAUCUAUGGUUGGAUAAAGAAUGCAAACAACACAGGGAAAAAAGGAAGAGGAACUUUAAUACGUGCUUUAAAUAUUCCCAGUUAUGUCCGAUAAUAAAAUUGAACUUGGCUGUUUU